CUGGCCAUUCUUCCUUCACACGUCCCUUUUCCUGAGGCGCCUUCGCCCCGUUGGUACGCUCCGGCCACGCCCCCUCGUGUACGCCGUUGGUACGCGCCGGAUCCCCCCGCUCUGCGCAGUGGUUUGGCCUCGGCGACCCCGCUGGCGGCGCGGUCCCCGCGAUUGGUACGGCUCAGCCCGUCUCCCACGAAGCCGCGCGCCCGCGCCCCUCUGUCUGUGGAGGCCGCGGACCCCAGUCCGCUCUGCCCGCUCCCGCCAUGGUCCGUCCGCGCCGCGCCCCACACCGCUCCGGCGCUGGGGGCCUCUUGGGGGCUCGCGGCCGGCCCCCGAGGCCGCUGGUGGUGCGUGCCGUGCGCUCGCGCUCCUGGCCCGCCAGCUCCCGUGGCCCACAGCCGCCGCGGAUCCGGGCCCGCUCGGCCCCUCCCAUGGAAGGUGCUCGGGUCUUCGGGGCCCUGGGUCCCAUUGGGCCCUCCUCCCCUGGGCUCUCCCUUGGGGGGCUGGCUGUCAGUGAGCACCGGCUCAGCAACAAGCUGCUUGCCUGGAGUGGCGUCCUGGAGUGGCAGGAGAAGCGCAGACCCUACUCUGACUCCACAGUGAAGCUGAAGCGGACCCUGCCCUGCCAGGCCUACGUGAACCAGGGCGAGAACCUGGAGACGGACCAGUGGCCACAGAAGUUGAUCAUGCAGCUGAUCCCGCAGCAGCUGCUGACCACGCUGGGCCCCCUGUUCCGCAACUCCCAGCUGGCACAGUUCCGCUUCACCAACAGAGACUGUGACUCGCUCAAGGGGCUCUGUCGUGUCAUGGGCAACGGCUUCGCUGGCUGCAUGCUGUUCCCCCACAUCUCCCCCUGCGAGGUCCGAGUGCUCAUGCUCCUCUACUCAUCCAAGAAGAAGAUCUUCAUGGGCCUCAUCCCCUAUGACCAGAGUGGCUUUGUCAACGCCAUCCGGCAGGUCAUCACCACCCGCAAGCAGGCAGUGGGACCUGGUGGUGUCCACUCAGGGCCUGUCCAGAUUGUCAACAACAAAUUCUUGGCAUGGAGCGGAGUCAUGGAAUGGCAGGAGCCCAGGCCUGAGCCCAAUAGUCGGUCCAAGAGGUGGCUACCAUCACACGUCUACGUGAACCAAGGGGAGAUCCUGAGGACCGAGCAGUGGCCAAGGAAGCUGUACAUGCAGCUCAUCCCGCAGCAGCUGCUGACCACCCUGGUGCCGCUGUUCCGGAACUCACGCCUUGUGCAGUUCCACUUCACCAAGGACCUGGAGACGCUGAAGAGCCUGUGCCGGAUCAUGGACAACGGCUUUGCUGGCUGCCUGCACUUCCCCCACACGGCCCCCUGCGAGGUGCGCGUACUCAUGCUCCUCUACUCCUGCGAGAAGAAGAUCUUCAUCGGCCUCAUCCCCCAUGACCAGAGCGGCUUCAUCAAUGGCAUCCGGCGUGUCAUAGCCAACCAGCAGCAGGUCCUGCAGCGGAACCUGGAGCAGGAGCAGCAGCAGCGAGGGAUGGGGGGUUAGAGGCCCCUGGCCGGGUCCUCUGGGAGUCACAGAGGAGGCCCCCGCCGAGACUGGUCAGAUGCUUCUGAGCAGGGGCCCCUGGGGACAACUGCCUUGCAGCAUGGAGGACCGUGUCCUGAGGUCUCCAAGGACAGCCCCCACCCAUUUCCCCAAUAAAGCGUUUUAAAAAUCUG